ACCUAUUAUUUAACAUAUAUUUAAUUAGUUUAAGCCAUCAAAACAUUAUUAUUAAAGCGAUAARCGACAACGAUUAAGUUAAUAAUCAGAGACAAUAAUUAUAGGUUGUAGGUAUAUUGAUKCUAAUUAAUAAUAUUAAAUAAGUUGAUGCGCAAUGCAUUUGUAUUUAUUACAAAUCGCGAAUAAUAUUAGAUAUGAUUUAAUGUGUGACACCGUAUAUAACAGACUGUGAAACUUCCAUUUAACAUUCAACUACCUAAAUAUUUAUGAGAACCAAGCUCAUUUAAUUCUAUUUAAAAAAUGUUUUUUGUUGAUCAUGAGAUUCUGUAUAACUAAUACGGAAGUUUCAUCGUAAUUAUAACUCGUUGACCUUUAUAAAUCAGAAAAGAAGGUAGAAUUCGUUUAGAUCACAUUUUAAAUAACCUAUACCAUAUUCUUAUCGUUUACAUUUAAUAUUUUUAUAUAACUGGGUUUUUAUAACUUUUAUUAAAAAGGCAAAACAUYGCUAGUCUUGCUGCUACAGUAUURUAGUCGGCAGUCACUAUAGUGAAACAGUGCAACAAUAUUAUACUGAAUAAUAUCAAGUUACGAUAUGGGACGAGCGUUUUUGACAUUUGUCGUCGUCUUGAUGGCUGUCAUUGCGGUGACAUUUGGCGAUCGACUGCAAUGUAAAGACCCGUAUGGACAACCAAUCGACUGGUUUACGGCCAUCAAGCUGCCGAACCUCUAUUCGAACUUGUCCAAUGGGAAGGUUUACGUCUAUAUGGAUGCGAAAACCCCGGAGUGGAUUUACUUGACCGGAAUCACGACUGAGAAGUCGGCUAUUGGACACACAGUGAAGCAGAUGUACGCGACCACUCAAACCUAUAACGAGUCGAUAAUGUGGGCCGUGUACAACGAUGAGCCGACAAACGGUCCAACAUCGUAUUCGAAGGGUCAUUCCAAAGGCAUGGUGGUGGCCAAUAACAGUUCGGGCUUAUGGCUGGUGCACAGUGUACCCAAGUUUCCGCAGUUACCUUACCAGAACAACAACUCGUACACAUACCCUAAGACUGGCUUGAAGUUCGGCCAAAGUUUUCUGUGCAUGUCCAUGACAGCUGAGGAGCUGGACAAGGUAGGCGAUCAAUUGAUCAACAACGAAGUAGUGGUCUACAGCAGUCACUUUGGAGGCGAUCUGAAAUCAACGUACCCGGGUCUAUACAACGCCUCUCUGCCUCAACCUAUUCCCGGAGUAAAGAACGAUGGAGURAGGUUACAGCCUCUUAAAUCUAUUGAGGGCUUUGAGUUCUUGUCGAUUUCAAAAAACAGGCAUUUUGAAAAAGAUUUAUACGAAGACUUAAUCACACACAUGGCACAGUCAAAUUUGUACACAGAGACUUGGUUAAAUUCGAGAGAUAGGUUCAAUUCGUCAUGUUCCAGCAAGUACAAGACUAUGAACAUCAAGUCAUUGGCUAUGAAGAACAUAAAUGGGUUGAAAAACGUAUGGUACAAUUCAACUAAAGACCAUUCUAAAUGGGUUGUGACUGGGAAGAGUUCUGUACAUUGGACUUGCAUUGGCGAUAUCAAUCGAUCUAAAGAACAGACAAAACGUGGAGGUGGAACAGUAUGCAUAAAAUCGUUGCCAAUAUGGAACCAAUAUAAAAAACUAGUGUCAGAUAUUGAAAAGUGUAAAAUUUAGUGCUAUUUAAUUAUAUGACUCGCCAGAGUAUACCUACAAUUAUUAUCGUUUAAUACUCUACCACCAUCAUGUAUUUAA